GCACGCUUACCUUUGUCACCCGUGCGAGUGUAAAUCUUGGUUUGUCGGGGGCCGCCAGUACUGCGUGGAGAAACAGACGUGCUGAUGAUGCACGAACGGAGUGUGUUCCGUACGCCGCCGGACUUCACGGUGCUUGCCGAGAAGUACUUCGACUUCUCGCAGCACGUCACCUACAACACGCUGGGCAAAGCCAAGCUCGACUUCAAGGAUGCCGACUCGCAGCGGGCGCUCUCCAAGACGCUGCUCAAGCACUUCUUCGAGCUGGACGUGCGGUUGCCGCAGGGUCGACUGGUGCCGGCUGUGCCGCAGCGUCUAAACUACCUGCUCUGGGUCCAAGACCUGGUCGAGAAGGUCUUAGAGAGGAAAGACAACGUCGUGGCACUCGAUGUCGGGACGGGAGCAUCAUGCGUGCUGGCGUUGUUGGGUCACAAGCAGUGCGGCUGGGACUUUGUGGGUACCGAGACGGAUCCCAUUGCCGCCACUUCGGCCACAGAAAAUGUGACCCGCAACAGCCUUGAGGAUCACGUCAAAGUGCUGGAGGUUGGCUCACUCGUUGAGGCUGUGGAGAAGACGGAGUCGCACAAGUUUGACGUGUGUGUCUGCAACCCACCCUUUUUCACAUCGGCCGAGGAGGCAGAUGCCAAGACGAAGGCCAAGGAGCAAGGGCGCACUUCUCCAUCUUCGGACAUGGGGGGCGUCGAGUCAGAAAAGGUUUGGGCAAACUCGGGAGAGACAGGCUUCUUCAAGGACGUCUUGCUGCGGGACAGCCUCAUACUGCGGGACAAAAUUGGCCUGUACACCUGUAUGCUGGGCAAGAACAGCAGUGUGAAGGAGGUGCUCAGUGCUCUUCAAAACAAGGUCAAGUCCUCUCGUGUUGCAGAGUUUCACCAGGAAAGACAACUCGCUACGCCGUCGCGUGGACCUUUCUCAACGUCAACCUCCAAAAGCUUCCGUACUCCAAGGUGCGACAGCAGAAGCAGCAGACCAAGAUUGAACUGGUGCUGCCGCACUCGCAAGUACCGGUCACCCUGCGGGUUCACUACGUCUGGCGGGAACUGAUCAGCGCCCUCAACUCCAUCGAGGUCCCCUAUGAGAUCAUCAACGAGGGUCAGACAUGUGCCACCUGUGGGUCAAGGCCAAGGAGAACACGUGGACGCACCUGAGGCGCAGGCGCCGGGAGAUGGAGCG